AUGCAUCAGGCGGGCAUCCGUAAAUCCAACAGUCGCAUUGCGGGGCACGAAGCUCUACCUGGAACCCUUAGGGACGGGGUUGCUCCACGGGAACAUAUUGUAGCCGAAAAAACGGCGAGGGUCGUGACGGACAAAAGCGGGCGGCUCAGGUACCUACUAGUCGGCGAGGGCUCUGGCGGGGGGUGCGGCGGCAAGCGGCGCGCCGGGUCCCCGUGCGAGGGCGGCGGGAAGGUCGCGCGCUGGGAGGACUCGAUAGCGCGGCUGGAGGCGGUGGCGCUGGGCGCGGGCGGCGGCGACUGCUGGCGCGCCGAGGAGGAGGAGAGGCGCGCGUGCCGGCGGCGCUGGUGCGGCGGCUGGUGCGGCGCCCACGACACGAUCCGCGCCGAGAACGGCAAGUCGUACCUGGAGCUCGGCGGCGCCGCGGCGCGCGCCUGCUGCGACGGCCGCGCCGCCGGCCGCUGCGCCUCGCGACGCUGCUACCGCGAGCGCCGCCUCAAGAUGAUGAACCUGUGCGCGCUCAAGCUGGCGCGGUUCCGGCAGACCGCGGACCCGUCGCUCCGGCGCUCCGUGCUCGUGUGCAACACGCUGCGCGGCAUCGAGCGCGAGAUGGAGCGCGAGGGCGCCGAGGAGGUGGCGCCGCCGCCGCCGGACGCGUCGUGUGUCGCCGCUGCGGCGGUGUCGGGCGGCAUCGGCGGUGCGGGGGGGGCGCGCUGCGAGCUGCUCGGCGCGCGCGACCCGGCCGCCGGGCGCGCCACCCCCUUCCCCGCGCCGCCGCCGCCCGACCGCGACUCGGGAUACGGCGACGAGGAGCGCGCCAUCGACUGGGGCUCGGUGCUCAGCCUGUCGUCGCGCUCGGCGCUCGACCCGCCCGAGGACGCGUGGCCCGACGACUGGGGCUGGGGCGAGGACAGCUUCGUGCGGCUGCUGGUGCCCACCAUAGCGACCGCAUCACCGGCCGGUUCGGCCCCUCUGGCCACGGGAGUGCGCACGGACCAAACAUUCCUAGCACAUCUCACGGCAAAGUACAAAGCUUCAGGCGACAUGCAUCCGCAUCGGCGCAUGUCUGUCCACCGUCGUCAAUUACUCGUAACGUUUGAAUUG